GAUAGGUGGCCGGUUUUUCCCGACAUGAGUCGAGUGGCUCCGAGAGCGAGCAGAGCCCGACAUAUUCUGAACAUCUUCCAAAUGUUGAGCCCGAGUCGUGAAGUGCUGCUCUUGAGGGGGACGAGGUUGAGAGGGAGGGAGACGACGAGGGAGAAAACAGGCAACAUCCGCGCAGUUAUUCACCUCUGAACAGGCAUCCUCACAUCUCCGCUGACUGCACCGCAGCUCCAGCCGGCCAAUUAAAGGCACAAAAGAAUCAGCCAGGAUGGUGACAGUCAGUGUGAUCGCCGUCAGCUUUCUGCUCACCACAGCUCUUUCUGCCCCUGUGAAAGUCAAUGAGGACUCCAUGACCUUGUUCCACGGGGAGGACUUCCACAUUCUGCUGCCCUCGCUCAAGUGGGAGGUCAUAUUUCAGAACCGGUCUAAUCCACGGUCGGGCAAUGUGGUUCUGAUGCGGGAUGAAAUGGUGGUCAACAAUCGGGCCAAACUCAACAAGCAGCUCAGCCACCUCAUUGUAGACGCUGUCGGUGAGGGAGACGAGGGCGUGUACACUGUGAAAAGUCCAGACAAUCCAGAGGACAUCAGACACAUUACGCUUAUAGUCCGAGAUUGCUCCAACGAGCAGAUCAUUAAAUAUGGAGACAACUACCAUAUUCAACUGUCAGGGGUGACUCCCCCCAUCACCCUGGAGUACAGACCCAGCUCUGUGGAGGCCAACCAGACAUCUAGACCUGCUCUGGUGCUGCUGACCAGCACAGGGAUAACCAGGGAGGGCUACCAGGGUCGAAUCAGUGUCAAUGAGCGCCGUGUCACCCUCAGUGCUGUUACAGGCGCAGAUGAAGGUAGCUACACUGUCAGGGAUGGCGAAGGUGAUAUCCAAAGGAAAGUGUGUCUCAACGUCAGAGAGCACCAACACUUUGUAACCCUGCCGUAUGGUAAAAGACUGAAGAUCGACCUGAUACUCAACAGCUCCUUGGUCCACCUCUACUACAGUCCAGAGAAUGACAACACACCCCAUCUGCUACUGGACAAGGGAGAAUUUACAACCGCCCGAGAGGAUCUGGGUUUUGGGGACCGUCUCUCUAUGGAGGGUUCAUUGGUUUAUCUGGAUCAGGUCAAGGGUGCAGAUGUGGGCCAGUUCAAAAUUACCGACAUACUGGGGUUCACUGUGGCCAGCAUCCACCUGGGAGUACAACCCUACAAGCUGGAGUCACUGUAUGUGGCCAUUAUUGCCCUAUUGGGCCUGCUGGUUUUCCUUCUGCUGGUUUGUCUGCUGUCCUGCCUGAUCAAAGUGAAGAAGAGGGCCAAGAGGGCUGCUGCACUGGAGAAAAUUGCCCAGAAUGCUGGCAAAGAGGAUGAAGGAGAUGCCUUCAGACAGGUGGUCAAGAACAUCACCAAACUCAGUGAGGACUCCAAGCAUUCCCAGGCAGACAAUACAGAAAAAUCUCAGAGCACCGAGGUGGACAUUAAAGGUCUGGAGGUUUCCUCUAAAGAGGUUGGGGUCGAUAACCUAGAGACCAGUGACUCUGGUGUUGGCUUCAACACCGCCCUCCCGCUGGACACUGACACUGAUGCCCCUGAUCCAAUCUCUGAGUCUGUGGCUGUAACCAUCUCUGUUGCCCCUGAAACAAAACCAAGUCCUCCAUCUGCUGCUGAGUCCCAGCCAAGCGCUCCACCGGCUAUGGAAAUUAAGUCCAGUCCAGUAGCUGAAACUGAAGCCUGCCCAGCACCCGAGACCAAGAAAACCCCUGAUCAACCAAUAGAAGGAAAGUUGGAUGUGUCCAAACCAGCAGAUGUUAAGCUCAGCCCAGCCCCGAGCCCUGAGCCCAAGGCUGGUCUGAGUCCAGCGGAUCCAAAGCCUGCUCCCAGCCCAAGCCCAGAACCUAAACCAGCUGUUCCUAAAGCAACCACUCCAACACCUGAAAUUAAGAGUGCCCUGACUCCCACACCUGAGCCCCCUAAACCAACCACACCAGAACCUAUUACCAACGGUACACCUGAGCCAGGUCCGGAUUCCAAACCAAGCCCAGAUCACGCUGAUAUUAUCGGAGGCGCUGUUCCAAAAGCAGCUCCCCCUAAAACCCCUGAAGUGGAGCUGAAAUCCAGUGGUGCCGCAAUGGAGGCCAGCAAAGAUGGCACUGUGGCUGAGGAUUCAACCACCACCACCUGAGAACUGCCCCUGCAAAAAUUCAAGGGAAACACCACAGAUUUUCUCCAUCUACCACCACUGUAGACAAUCGAACACCCCCUACCAAAUAAUAAAGAAACCACUGAAACUGGGGCGAGGACUUCGGUUUAACAUGUCUAAUGCCUGAACACAGUAUUACCUUGAUAACAGUAUCUCACCUUACUUUAAAUCUAACACAAAAACCUUUGAGACUUUAUGAUUCAGAAAAACUCCACACAACAAAUGUGGCUUGUUGAUUGUUAAACAUUUUAGUUGUAUACACCUUGUCGCCUAAUUUUUUAACUUUGCAGUAAAAGUGUCAGACUGCAAAUGAAAUCCUUUGCAGAGUUCCUUUGCAAAACUCCACAUAAGGUAUUUUCUAACAUAAUGAGGUAGCCAGAAAGGUUUACAACAUUUCAUUACACUAGAAUUCCUUAUUUGACCUUAACUAACCAUUGUUUUCCAUCUGAAUGCUCGUUCCUCUAUCAGCAUGUGGAUAAAAACAGACAAACUGCAUGAAAAUUUCAGCCAAUGUCAUCUCAGACCUACUAAAAUGUGUGGUCUUUUGAUUGGACACAAAAUGAAAGCCCUUUUGAUCACAAAGACAACACUUUGUUGUCGGCAUUUUGUACAUAGCUUAAAUGUGGAUGUUAUACGCUUGUGCCAGUCCUUUGGCUUCAGAAACAUGUGCAAUACAUUAUCACAUAUUAAAAAAAUUAUUAGUUUUGCAUAACUUUAACCACACAAGAAAACAUACUAAUAAUACUAACCCAACUAUGUAUAAUCUCUGAGAUUCAGAUUCAGACUCCCAGUGGAUAUCUCAAAUGAUUAAAAUGUGUUUUGCAGACUGAUCCCUCAAGUCUGGAUCAACCACUUUACUGUCUUUGAUCUGGAUUUCCCUGUGGCUCUAUAAAAAUCCCAUCAUUCCUAAAGUUUAGUAGGAAGCUCAUGCCGACAAAAACUCCAGACACUUAAUGGGACCUCUGCGUUUCUGCUGUACGUUGGGCUUUCCCAAGGUGAAUUACUGGAUAAAGGGGCUGGUAAGUUCAAAUAGUUAGAACAUGCUUUCUUGUUUCUUUGCUUUUUCUUUCAUUUUCCUUCUUUGUCUACUUUCAGGCUUUCCUUUUGUCUGUCAUUCCUUCCUCGACCCCCUUCUUUCCUUCCUGUUUUCUCUCCUUUUGUUUGCUGGGCAUUAUUUUUAACUGUACAUGGCCUUUGACAUAAAUUAUACCCCCUUUUUUUGAUUUGUUUUUCUCUCUAAAGCCCUCUAAAAUUUGUCAAAUGCUUGAACAUUUACGCCUAGCAUGCUUAAUGGCUCCCAAAUAUUCCCAAGAAAGGCCUUUAUCAAUUUCACAGCAACGUCUGUCCAGAGAUGUUAAAUCAACACAAAUUAAUCUUAGUUGAAAGUCUUGUAUGGUGCAGAGGAGGUGUGCAGAUACAUUUUAGUGUUACAAAUUGCAUGUCUCUACCUCGUGUUUUAACUGACCACUGGAAAACCAGUGAAAGUCCAGCUCUGGUAAACUGAAAACAACAAAAAUAUUUUUGACUUUUGAGAAAAGCACAACAUUACCGCCAUGAAAAUUCAAUCAAAUGAUCAGUGAAAUGUAGGAAGACUGUAACAAGUAGAUCCAUUUACUAUACGACCAACUGGCUUUUCUUGGUACCUUUCCUGACUAAUAGAUUUUUCUUACAAGCAGAUUAAUAUCAGGCAAUGUGUCAGCCUUUUAAAAAGCCAUAUGACAAAAUAGGUUUAGAUGUCAGAUUUAAUACAAAGAUCAAUACAUGUAAUGUAUAAACUAAAACAAACAAAACAAUCAAAGGGCAUCAAUGUUGGACAAACAGUAUCAGAUGGUCAGAUGUAUUACACAUGGACAAAGGCAUUCCAAUGUAGAACGUGUAAAACACUCUAUAUGCCUCAUUUCUAGUCUGGAUCUUUGAAGGAACAACAAACCCACUUGGCAAUACUAAAAAUAGUCUUUAUACAUGUAUAUAUAUACACACACACACACACACACACACGCACACACAGACACACAAACUCGACACACACAUUCCAGCCUUGUAAAUAUUGCAUGUGUACGCCAGUUUAACCCCGUUAAGGCUGAAUGUUUUUAGUGUAUAGAAAGGUUGUUGUAUUAUACUUAGUAAUAAAGAAGAAAACUAAUUAAAAUUUCUCACCAACAUUAAAUCCAAUAUAUAUAUAUAUAUAUACACAUACAUUACUAUAUUCUAUAAACACUAAUAUUCACUAACGUCUUGAACUAAUUUAACAACCAAAUAUUGUAUAAAUCCAUCAAGACUAUAUUAGAUCUUUUAAGAUCAGUUAUCAGCUGUUAUUGCCAUUCCAACCUGAUGAUACUCACAGCAUACAGUCGCUCUCACAGUAUUUACAUGUAUUAAAAUGUUUAACCUAUGUCACUUAAAGCAUCGAUUGCAGCAUGCCCACAACAUGUUCUGAAAAACAGGCUUUUACUGUCUUAAAGUGGUAUCUGUGUGUGUGACCAGAGGAGUGAUGUUUUAAUGUGGCUGUCGUGUGUGUGUGUGUGUGUGGGAUUUCUGUGUUUAGGUGUGUAUGCCUGCGAUGCACAUAAUGUAUGAGUGUGAGUGAUUUAUGACUGUUUGAGUGUUUGUGUGUGCUGAGUCUAUGCAUAGGCAGUUUGUACAGUAUGAAACAGCUGUACUUUACGUGUGCUUCUCCAUCUGUUGUGAGUAAGGUACUCAUGUGCCUGCUUAAAUCGUCUUGCAAUGUGAAAAAAACAAGUGCUGUGUUUAAAUCAUGAGUGUGAAUGUGUUUAAAGCCACAAAACAUUGUAAAAGAUAUUGUAACUUUGAGAUAUUUGAGUGACUCUCUGUCUUUGUUUAGUGCCUAAAAAGUAUUUUGGAUAGUUAUUACCUGACACUCCUGAUGGCACCUUUUUGUUGAUAGGUAGUGUAUUCACAGAUGUCAAAAGCUGUUUGCACACCUGACGGAACAAAGUGAUACCACUGACUGGCCUAUGCUAUGCUAAUGUGUAGGAGAUAUGUGACAUAUUGUAAAAAAAAUGAAGAAAGUGUUUUUUCCGGAUGAUUCCGAGUAGAAUAACGAAUGCUGAGCGUGCUCUAUAUGUAAGUGAGGGUGUUAUGUUGUGGUCAGCAAUUGAUGAGGGACUGCUUAAACAGCAUUUUUCGUGUACCACCACUACUGUAUAUUGUCUGUGAUUGUAAUACCAAGCUAUUCAGAGUGAGUAGGGAUGUGAGAGAGGCAGAUCAUGUGUUGUGGGCUGGAGGAGCCUGUGGCUUACACAUUACCAGCAUCUCAAAGACGGCUCAGUCUAGUGGGAGUUAUUACAUCUUACUGGUGCCAGAGGGAUUCUGGUUCCAUAUCCACCUCUGAUAACCCACUAAUAGAAACCACUACUUUUAAUAUCACUGGCACUUGUUGCACUAUGUGAGUUGUCUCUGCCCUGAUCCUCUCUGUUAACUUCUGCUGUUCUGGCCUUGGUGUGGUGUGACAUCCCACAUGUUCUCUCUGUACUCCCUUUUUGCACAACACUUCACACAGAUGUUUUGUAAAGAAAAUAGUUUUUUCUUUAUUUCAUGUCUAAAGGAAUACUAAGAAUAAACAAGUGAUUAUGGCA